AUGGCUUCGGGACACAACGACCCCAAGCUUCUGUACGCCAUCAAUGGCGUCCAAGCCUUCCACAUCUCCAAUGGCAAGGAGGAGUCGCUCACACCCGCCGGGCCCCAGACCUUGUCGCUGUUGAUGGUACCGACUUCUUCGCCCUUCACCGACGCAGACUCCCCCGCCGAGGACUUCUACCUGCACCUCCAUCUACCUCCCGAGCUCGAUCUUCCUCUUCCUGCGACAACACAGAUCUACCACCAGCCGCCAACUAGCUACCUGAUUCCAAGAUGGGAUCUGGGCCCAGACAGUGGCGCUUUCACACGUAUCGAGUUCCCAGACACUGGUAGCCGGAAAGGACUGCAGGAGGACGUCGACACCUUCGAAACGAUCCUUGCGCAAUGCACUGCAUUCCUCGAGCGAGCCCCGCCGCCAAAGACCUCAUCCAAAUCGGCCAAAGCCGCCGCCGCAGCCUCCGCAUACCCCUAUGAUGACCCCGUCACCGAUCGUCCCUCUGCCAAGUCCAGAGCUGCCGCCGCCGAUGGCCUCCCCGCCUACAACCCGGCCGACUACCAGCCCGGACAGGGCUAUGCCCCGGGAGCCCACAGCUCCCAGCACAAUGGCGGCCGGAUUGUCCUGAUUGACGAAGAAGACGGAAGCGUCAUUGGGGAGCUGACUGAGAACUACCAAGUUGUAGAGGAGCUGGGCGUCAAGCCUGGAACAAAAGGUAAGUUUGGCGGCACCUCGGCCGAGCUUGACUCACAUGGCAUGCUAGAUCCGGUGGAGAUUACACUCCCUGCCGACAACAGCCAAGCCAUUACCGUUCAGCCCGUGUCGCAGGAGUACCGCGAGAUGAUUAUGCACCCAUCGUACAAGAAGUCGUUCUUGGUGUCGAAUGCUUCAAAAGCAUCUCGACUCAUUGUGACAUCGUCGGACUUGAUCACAAAGGGUUUGCAGUCCUCGGCCGACAACUUUACAAAGAAGACAAAGGCGACGACCGAACCCGUGACGUUCACUCCUGCCGCGCACGACCGUGUACGACGCAUCAACCAGUUUUCCACCAAGGCGGCUGGUCUGUCGGCGACCACGGUUGGAGCGGUGGGCAAAGUUGCCCAAAACCUGGGCGCCACCCUGGCUAGAAAGAAGGAUGGCAGUGGAAGAGGAUACGAUAAGGAUGGCAACCCAAUUGAGGGUUACAAGCCUGGCCUGCUGAACAGGAGCUUGAUGGCGUUCAACACUGUUGCGGACGGCAUCGAUCAAGCAGGACGUAAUCUGUUGACUGGCACCUCUUCCAGCGUGUCACAGAUGGUGGAGCACCGUUGGGGUGCUGAAGCUGGCCAAGUAUCCAGGAACAUUGGCGGCGGCUUCAAGAACGUUGGGUUGGUGUACAUCGAUGUGACUGGUGUAUCCCGCAGAGCAAUCCUGAAGAGCGUAGCAAAGGGUAUGGUCGUCGGUAAGGUAAAGGGCGGUGGACAGAUCAUCGUCGGAGGCGGCGAUGGCGGAGCAGUGGGUUAUCUGGAAGACCAGAAAACUCGCAAAGACGACCAGAGCGAUACGGCCAGUAUGUACACUGCGUAUGAGGGCAAUGGCAAGCAGCCAGCUGGCAAGAGGCCGUGA